AUGUCGGACCAGUACAACCAGGACAACUUGAACCAGGACUUCAGCAAGCAGAGCUUGGACGAGAACCAGCAGGGUUACAACCCUAACUCCCAGACAUUUGUGCCUCAGGGUGGCUACAGCCAGUACCAGCAGGGACAAGGCGGUUACAACCAGUACAACCAGGGCUACAACCAAUACCAGAACUACGGUAACAGCGGCCGUGGAGGCUACAGUUCUGGAAGAGGUGGCUACAACAACUACAACCAGGGUUACAACCAAUACCAAAACAACUACAACCAGGGAUAUGGUGGCUACAAUGGAGGCUACAACCAGUACCAGGGAUACGGUGACUACCAACAACAACAACAGCAGCAGCAGCCUCAGGGCAUGUCAUUGGCUGAUUUCCAAAAACAGCAGCAGGCUUCUGCCGCUCCAGCUGCCAAGCCUAAGAGAACCUUGAAAUUGGCUACCAGCUCAUCUGUGAAGUUGGUGAACAACACCAAGGCAGCUGCUGUCGAGAAGAAGGACGAAAAGAAGGAGGAGAAGAAGGAAGAGCCAAAGGAAGAAAAGAAGGAGGAGAAGAAGCCCGAGGCCAAGGAGGAAAAGAAGGAGAGCACGCCGGCUCCAACCCCAGCUCCAGCCAAGUCUGCCUCUUCUUCCACAGUUGCCUCUAAGGCCGCAUCCAAGGCUGCUACUCCAGCUGCCACCAAGGAGUCUACUCCUACUCCUUCCGCCGAGGCCGUUGUGAGACAGCAGGAGGACGAGGUCGACGAGGAGGUCAUCAAGGACAUGUUCGGUGGUAAGGACCAUCUUUCGAUUAUUUUCAUGGGCCACGUUGAUGCCGGUAAGAGUACCAUGGGUGGUAACAUUCUUUUCUUGACUGGUGCUGUCGACAAGAGAACCGUCGACAAGUACGAGAGAGAGGCUAAGGAUGCCGGUAGACAGGGCUGGUACCUCUCGUGGGUCAUGGAUACCAACAAGGAGGAGAGAUCCGACGGUAAGACCAUUGAGGUCGGUAAGGCAUACUUCGAGACCGACAAGAGAAGAUACACUAUCUUGGAUGCCCCAGGUCACAAGAUGUACGUUUCCGAGAUGAUUGGUGGUGCCUCCCAGGCCGAUGUCGGUAUUCUUGUUAUUUCUGCCAGAAAGGGUGAGUACGAGACCGGUUUCGAAAAGGGUGGUCAGACUAGAGAGCACGCUCUUUUGGCCAAGACCCAGGGUGUCAACAAGAUCGUUGUCGUUGUAAACAAGAUGGACGACGCUACUGUUGGCUGGUCCGAAGACAGAUACAAGGACUGUACCACGAAGGUGGCCCAGUUUUUGAAGGGUAUUGGCUACCAAAAGGAUGACAUCCUCUUCAUGCCAGUUUCCGGUUACACUGGUGCUGGUCUCAAGGACAGAGUUGAUCCAAAGGACUGUCCAUGGUACGAGGGCCCAUCUCUUCUUGAGUUCUUGGACAACAUGAAGACGGCGAACCGUUUCAUCAACGCUCCUUUCAUGUUGCCAAUUGCUGCCAAGAUGAAAGACAUGGGUUGUGUUGUCGAAGGUAAGGUUGAGUCUGGUCACGUCAAGAAGAACUCCAGUUUGUUGAUGAUGCCUAACAGAACAAGCGUUGAAGUUUCCAACAUCUACAACGAGACUGAGCAAGAAGUCGACACCGCUCUCUGCGGUGAGCAGAUCCGUAUGAAGAUCAAGGGUGUCGAGGAAGAAGACGUUGCUCCUGGUUACGUGUUGACCUCUCCAAAGAACCCUGUGAGAACCGUCACCAAGUUCGAAGCCCAGAUCGCCAUUGUCGAAUUGAAGUCGAUCUUGUCUAACGGUUUCUCUUGUGUCAUGCACUUGCAUACUGCCGUCGAGGAGGUUACAUUCCUCGAGUUGAAGCAUAAGUUGGAGAAGGGUACGAAUAGAAAGUCCAAGAAGGCCCCACCAUUCGCCAAGAAGGGUAUGAAGAUCAUUGCUGUCUUGGAGACGCCAGAGCCUGUGUGCGCUGAGACCUACAACGACUACCAGCAGUUGGGUAGAUUCACCUUGAGAGACCAGGGUGUGACUAUCGCUAUUGGUAAGAUCACCAAGUUGUUGUAA